AUGACUGAAACUGACCCUAUCCAUUUCUUCGAUCUCUGGUCAAGCCUACCUGGCCCAGGCAAAUCAUGGUCCCCUAACACCCUCCGCACCAGAAUGGUGCUUAACUUCAAGGGAAUCCCCUACACCCAGAGCUGGGUGUCAUACCCAGACAUUGCGCCUCUACUCAAAGCCCAUGGCGUCCCCCCAGGCACCUCCAAUACGCCCUACACACUACCGGCAAUCAGCCACAAGGGAAUCCCGGACGGCAUGCUAAUGGACUCCGAGCCGAUUGCCAUGUACAUCGACAAACUGUACCCAUCACCGCCGCUGUUCCCCUCCGGCGACGCAAGCUACGCGCUAGAGAUCGCGGUGCUGAGAUCGAUCGCGAUAUUCGGGCAAUGCACUGGACUGCUGAUUACACCGAGGGUGCCGUCUGUAUUGGAUGAGCGUGGGCGGGAGUACUUUGUCCGGACGCGCUCGGAGCGGUUCGGGAAGCCGCUUUCUGAGGUUCGGCCUACGGACGAGGAGGGGUUGGGUGAGUUGUGGGAACUUUUGGAGAAGGAGAGUUUGCUGCUGGUUAAGAUGUUGAAGGGGAAGGAAGGGAAGAAGGGACCGUUUUUGGAGGGUGAGAAGGCUGGGUAUGCGGAUAUUAUUCUGGCUUCGAUGUUGGCGUUCUUGGAUCGGUUUGAUCGGGAUAUCUUUGAGAAGAUCCUUGGUCUUGGGGAUGGGGAGUUCAAGAGGUUUUAUGAGGCUUGUUUGCCGUGGCUUGAAGGGCAGGGGGAGGAGAAGGAGUGGCCCAUUCCCCAAUAA